AUGAUGUCUUCCUCAAGAUCUCAUCAUCAUUACACUAAUAUUCGUAAGAAAUCAUCAGUUGCAGGAGUAAAAUUGUUUGGUGUUCAAGUGAGUAGUAGUAAUAGUAGUGGUAGUGGUGGCUGCCAUGGUAUGCGAAACCAGGGUACUACGGUGGCUCCAGUAAUAGUGUUCCCAUUAUAUAACAAUUACAGUACUACUGAUCAUGAUAAUCAUAGCAGGUCAUCAUUGCCAAGUUCAUCACCAUCGUUUAGAUUCAAGUGUGAGUACUGUAACCAGGGGUUUGGGAGUUCUCAGGCGUUGGGGGGUCACCAGAACGCCCAUAAAAACGAAAGGAAGUUAGCCAAACUCAGGGCCGAGUUCCGAGCCACUCACCACCUUCCUCCUCAAUACUACUACGGCCAAGUCACCGCAAUGCAUCUCGUCAGCUCACCAAGGCCGUCUGAUCAUCCUCAUCAUGAUCAUGAGGCUGUUCGUUCUUCUGGGCCCAUCAUCACCGCCACCACCGGAGAAACUAUGGGGUACCUCGCCACUACUGCUGUUCCCAAUAAUAAUGAAGAAGUUAUUGUUGAUGAUGAUCUUGAUCUUGAUCUUCAGCUCAGGCUUGGAGUUGGACCAUCUAAUUUCACAUCGGUAUAAUAUAUACAUAUAUAUAAAUAUGAUAUUGACCUAUACCAUAUAAUCUAAGUACAACAAUGAUGUUGUUUUCCUCCAAUUUUAGCAUUACACGUUAUUAG